UUAAUGCGGAGCAGCAGCUUUAAGCCUUUAGGCUUGUCCCCCUGAAAGUUUCCGGUCGCGCCAAGUGGUUCGUAGAGUCCCGAGUCUGGCACUUCAGCCAGAGUGGCCCUUCGACGCGCAGCUGCCAUACCCUUCAUUCUUCAAUUAGCAGUCCUCCUGAAUUUAUUUCUCCCUGUCAACAGGGUUGAGAGAUGUGUUCUCUUUCUUCUUCAACUUCAUCUUCAUUCUUCUUCUCUUAAUCGAUCACGUUGUUGAUCUUCACCUUUCAUCACAACUUCUUCCGUUGGCGGAAGGGGACACGCGUUUGGGGAACCCUUUCAUUUCACUCCUUGGACAGCCUUGACAUACCAGGUUACACCAGCUUUCGGAGCUGCGGUUUGACCCUGUUCUGUCGAGUGCUCACCAUCUUCUUCUAAUCCUCCCCAACCCUCAAAAUGACCACCGUAAACGGUGGCUACACCACCGGCGCAGGCGGAGACGAGGCUGAACUGCGCCGACGCAACGUCACAAGCUAUGAGAAUGCCAAUGGCUCACAUAUCUACAAGGUGGAAGCGGAGGACACAAAGAAACUCCAGAAGCAGAAGAGUGGUUUCGUCUCCAGCACACUGAACUUCCUUGACGAAUGGGAGUUUUUGAUCGCUCCCAUCAUUUUCACCGGCUUUGCCCUUUUCACGAGGCUAUGGAGAAUAGGACUCUCUCCCAUUGUAACAUGGGAUGAAGCCCAUUUCGGCAAGUUUGGCUCCCAUUACCUCAAACGAGAGUUCUAUUUCGAUGUGCAUCCUCCCCUUGGGAAGAUGCUGGUCGGUCUGUCAGGUUAUCUGGGUGGCUACAACGGAUCUUUCGAGUUCAAGUCGGGCGAAACAUACCCUGAUCACGUCAACUACACCUUCAUGCGAAUCUUCAAUGCCCUCUUCGGCGCAGUCACAAUCCCCCUUGCAUACUUUACCGCACGAGAACUCAACUUCAAACGCUCUACUGUCUGGUUGGUCACUCUGAUGGUCCUCUGCGAAAACUCAUACGCCACGAUCUCUCGAUUCAUCCUCCUCGAUUCGAUGUUGCUGUGCUUCACCUUCACGACAGUCCUUUGCUGGGCCCGAUUCCAUCGCCUACAACACAAAAGCUUCUCGGUUGAGUGGUUUGCAUGGCUCUUCCUCAGCGGUCUGAGCAUCGGUUGUGUUUGCAGUGUCAAAUGGGUUGGAUUGUUCGGUACCGCCUUGGUUGGUCUCUACACCGCGGAAGAUCUGUGGAACAAGUUCGGCGAUCUUAAGAUGCCAAAGACAGAAUUGGCCGCACAUGUGGUUGCAAGAGUCGGUGGUCUCAUCGUCAUCCCGAUGCUUGUCUACAUGUUCUCCUUCUACCUUCACUUCUUGAUCCUGGAGAACUCGGGACCUGGGGAUGCGCAGAUGUCAUCUCUCUUCCAGGCAAACCUUAAGGGAACCGAGGUCGGCAAAGACUCACCUUUGGAACUCGCCUUGGGCUCCAGAGUGACGAUCAAGAACAUGGGAUACGGAGGUGGUUUACUGCAUUCGCACGUUCAAACAUAUCCUGAGGGCAGUGGACAACAACAGGUGACUUGUUAUCACCACAAGGAUGCCAACAAUGACUGGUUCUUUUACCCCAAUCGAAGCCAAGCUGAAUUCGACCCUGAAGGACCUCUGAGCUUCAUCCAGGACAAACAGGUCAUGCGUCUUAUCCAUGCCCAGACUGGUCGAAACCUUCAUUCUCAUUCUGUGGCGGCUCCUGUAACCAAAUCUGAUUGGGAGGUGUCCUGCUAUGGUAAUCUGACUGUGGGAGACGACAAAGACCACUGGCAAAUUGAAGUUGUCAGUGAUGCCGCGUCUUCUGACCGAUCCCGGAUACGAACCUUGACUACUGCAUUCCGAUUGAAGCAUCCUAGCCUUGGCUGCUAUCUCCGUGCUGGAACGGUCAACCUCCCUCAAUGGGGGUUCAAGCAGAUCGAAACGACUUGUGUGAAGAAUGCCAGCCCUCGAGAUGUCUAUACUCAUUGGAACGUGGAAUCUCACGUCAACGAGCGAGUGCCUCCUGCUGAAGCAAAGAACUACCGAUCACCAUUUCUGAAAGAUUUCAUCCAUCUCAACGUCGCCAUGUCGACUUCCAACAAUGCUUUGGUACCUGAUCCAGACAAGCAAGAUGACUUGGCUUCCAAGUUCUGGCAAUGGCCUAUCCUUCAUGUUGGUCUUCGCAUGUGCUCUUGGGAUAACCAUAUCGUCAAAUACUUUUUGCUCGGCAAUCCCAUCGUCUACUGGGGCUCUACGGCAGCAAUCGCCGUGACCCCAUUGCUCGUCUUAUGGUAUUUGAUUCGAUGGCAGAGAGGAUACGAUGAGCUGCGUCCAAGUGAUAUUGAUCAGAUUCACUACGCGGGCAUCUAUCCUUUCAUUGGCUGGGUUUUCCACUAUCUACCCUUCUUGAUCAUGGGACGUGUGACCUAUGUUCACCAUUACUACCCAGCACUUUACUUUGCAAUCCUGGUCGCCGGCUUCUGCGUGGACUGGACAACACAAAAGCUCAACAAAACCACUCGAUGGGGACUUUACACUAUUUUGUACGGCGUGGUCAUUGGACUAUUCGUCCUUUUCAGUCCAAUUGUCUUUGGUAUGAAAGGACCAAACCAAGAUUAUGCAUACCUGAAGUGGUUUGACCGAUGGAGAAUCUCAGACUAAGGUCGGGAAACGGUCAUGCCUUCUUAGUCUAUCAUGACAUCUUGUUGUCUGGUGGUACUUGGAUGGUAGAACGAAACAUGAGAGAUUGCAAUGCAAGAUGUAUGAGGAAGCUUUCCUGGAAUAGUCGAUGCA